AUCCAGUUAGGGCAAGCAGCCCUAGCGCACCAUUUUUGCCGCUAGGACACCUCAAUCAAGCGAGACCUUCAUCUCCAGACCGACAACCCAUCGCGCCAACAACCAGCCUUUCGUCUCGCUGGAUAUUUUUCGAACAGAAACCCGGUGACAGGAGCAGGAUGUCCACAUUCGAGCCAGUUGUCGUUAUCGACGGCAAGGGACACCUCUUGGGUCGCCUGGCCAGCAUUGUGGCAAAGCAGUUGCUCAAUGGUCAGAAGAUCGUCGUUGUGCGAACUGAAGCACUCAACAUCUCCGGCGAGUUCUUCCGCGCAAAGUUGAAAUACCAUGCCUAUCUCCGCAAGGCUACUCGUUUCAACCCCACCCGCGGUGGUCCUUUCCACUUCCGUGCUCCUUCUCGCAUCUUCUACAAGACCGUCCGUGGCAUGAUUCCCCACAAGACCGCCCGCGGUGCUGCUGCUUUGGAGAGACUCAAGGUUUUCGAGGGUGUCCCUCCUCCAUACGACAAGAAGAAGCGUGUCGUUGUUCCUCAAGCCCUUCGCGUGCUCCGUCUUAAGCCUGGUCGCAAGUACUGCACCGUUGGUCGUCUGAGCCACGAAGUCGGCUGGAAAUACCAGGAUGUUGUUUCUAGACUCGAGGAGCGGAGGAAGGUCAAGAGUGCUGCAUACUACGAGCGCAAGAAGGCCGUUCGACGACAGCUCGCUCAGGCCCAGAAGACGGCUAAGGUUGAUGACAAGGUCAAGAGCCAACUGGCCGAAUUGGGCUACUAAGCAUCUGCGGUGGUUGUUGGCUGUGUCUGGAAUGAUGUGGAGGGACUAGGUAGCAGUAUGGUUAUCAGCGGGACCGUACAGCGAGCCUGGAAAGCCUCUUAAAUUUGGUCAUGAAAAAAAAUAAACGCUCUCAAACAAAUGGCAUGCUGGAAUGGACAUGGGGAGGGCCCAGGAGAAAUGGAUUCUUCAC